AUAACCGUAAAUUCUAAAAGCAAUUUGUUUGUGAAAAAAUCAUCAAAAAUAAAAGUUUCUAAACAUUGGUAGGUAGGCUGCCCCAUCACUCUAACCUUUCAUACCCAUUUUCCCCAAAACCCACCCAUUUUGCCCAUUUUACCCAUUUAACCCAGUGGGCUGGGGAUUAAGCUCAAAAGGUGGGUAAAGUAAAACCAUGCCAGUGCCAUCGUUCUCAGAGAGUUUGGCCGGGUGAUGAUUGCUUAAAUGCAUACGCAAUCUGACUGGUAGCGCCAGUCGGAUCACGUUUAUAAUUUUUCCUAAUUAAAAAUAUAGGCUUGUAUUUAUAUGCCUUACGUUAGAUGUCUACUGAAAAUUAAUUAAUUUUACCUGGUUUUUGACGUAACACAUUAGGCGUAUAUUCAAUUUUCAGUUUCUGUAAAAAUGAUAUGCACAACUUGGGAAAAUAUAAAGGAGCCAAAAUAACUUGCAAGAGAAUUUAUUUCACCGCUAAUUUGAAUUAUUCGGGGGAACCUGCUUCAAUAUGCAACUUUAAUGUAAUUCGAAAUAUUUCGUUUCGUUUCGUCGAAAUUCGAAACGAAACGACUUCCAAUUUCGUUUUGACGAAACGGAACACAGUUGUAUCUCGUUUUGAGAAUAUUUCGUUUCGAUAACUUCGAAACGAAAUUCGUAGGCGUUUCGAUUCGAUUCGUUUCGAAUUCCGACGAAACGAAACGAAAUAAUUUCGUUUCGAACGAAGCACUGGUCACACCUUGACAUCAUUGUCUGACGAGGUAUAAAUAAUGAUAUGAACUGUACAAAAAGAUUCAUUCGUAUGCCAAAUUUAUAACCCGACUCAAGUAUUAAUUAUUUUUUUAGUGAAAUAUUUCGAUUUAAAAUGUACAAAACGCUCGGAGUCCUAGUACUUGUAGCUAUCGGUAUUGCUGCCUGCAAUGCUCGUGCCAAUCUGGGAGUUUCUAGUAUCUCCAUAUUCUCGAAGGAAAUAAGACUAGCAGCCAACGACACUAAUGGGAUUACCGGUGUAGAUAUUCCUUGCUCGCAAGCGCAAAAUCCAAACUGUGUAUGUGGUGGGGCAGGAUCUAUCGUGCAGCUUAGGAUCACCGACUGCGAAGGGUCAAACGGAUGCAAUUUUGUCCCCGGGAUAAGUUACACCUCUGUGAUAGAUUUCAUUCCCAGCACUUCCGGCACAGGUUUAAGGCUGAAGGUCGAGGUUGUGAAUUUCGGCUUCAACACCGUAAUCUUGGAAGAGGUGCUACCUAACUCUAAUGUCGAGGCGGGGUCAACUUACACCGUCACUUAUGCCCUCGUUGCGAACGACGUCCUCAGUGGAAGCUCAGUCGUACUUAGAGGCAAACUCUUCAACAAUGAAACUAAUCUUUUGGAAUUGUGCGUUGGUACUAUUGCUAGAAUCACGUAAUAAUAUAAUUACAAAUUAUGUAUGUUGUUCUGAUUAUUAAUU